UGCCCGAGGAUUUGGACGGAUGUCGGAGAUAUCUAUGAAUUCAAAUUACUCUUUAUCACUCAAAUCCCCAUAUCGCUUUUAAUCCACGAAAUUCUUUCUAAUCCACAAUUUACUUUGUAUCCCGUUAUUCACAUUAAGCCCGAUAUCCCCUUAAUCCAUUAGUCUAAUCUUAUAUUUCUCCAAUAUUCUUCUUGAUCCAUCGAUGUAACGCAAUGGUACACUGAUGUUCAAUUUAAGCCCUCCAAAUCCUCAGAUAUUUCUCUUGCGCCUUUUUACUCUUCAUUUUUAAAUAAUAUUUAUAUUAUAUUAUUAAAAAACUUUAAUAAAGAAACAGAUAUAAUUAAAUUAUUUGCUUAUCUUUAAUACAAAAUGCAAAAUUCUUCCACUUACUUCCUAAGCAUGAUGAUUUUGUUGUUCAUCUUUAUUUCGGUUACAAUAGCUGAUGAAGAGCCCAAUAUUUUAGCAAAACGCGAUGCAUUUAAAUUGGUGUUACGUGCAAAACGUUGCUGUUUCGGAUGCUACGGUUGCGGAUAUGGCGGCGGAUUUGGUGGAUUUCCAGGAUUUGGAGGACUUGGAAUUGGUUUAGGAAUAGGGGCUGGUAUUGGAUUAUUUGGUAGAUAA